GAAGCAGUGGGGACCGAGAAGAAGAAAAGAGAAGGUUAAAGCAUACUUCCUCAAGGGACAGCCUCCACCCUCCUUCGGUCCUUCCCCCCCACCCCUUGUAUUCUCCGAUGGCGGACAUCGGCGACGACGAACUCUCCGCGCCGGCCAACCCCGGAUCCCCACUCUUUGGCGGGCACAAGGCUGGCCGGGCCACCGAUGGGCGGCCUUCGCUCUUCAGCCACCGCAGUUGCUUCCCAGUUAAGCCUUGGACCAUCGAUGACGAUGGCCCGAGCACCCUGCCAACCCUUUCCCUUGUAAGAAAAGUGGGGGCUGAGUUCAUCGGCACUUUCAUACUGGUGUUCGCCAGCACGGCCGCCGCAAUCAUCGAACACCAAUCAGGCGGCGCCGUCACCCUCUUCGGCAUAGCGGCCGCUUCCGGCCUCGCCGCCAUGAUUGUCAUACUCUCAACCGGCCACAUCUCCGGAGCUCAUCUCAAUCCAUCUGUCACCAUUGCCUUUGCCACCUUCAAACACUUCUCUUGGGAGCAGGUGUUGGUGUAUAUUGCGGCACAAUUGUCUGCAUCUCUCUGUGCAGCAUUUACGCUAAAGGCCAUAUUUUAUCCGAUUCUGGGAGAAGGCGUGACGAUGCCGAGUGGUAGUGUGGGUGCAGCGUUUGUAAUGGAGUUUAUUAUAGGAUUCAAUCUCAUGUUUGUUACCACAGCAGUUGCCACUGAUACUAGAGCAGUGGGGGAGCUUGCGGGGAUCGCGGUAGGAGCGACUGUCAUAAUGAACAGCCUCAUCGCCGGGAGGAUUAGCGGGGCAUCCAUGAACCCGGCGAGGACACUGGGCCCGGCGGUAGCGGCAAACAACUACAAAGCCAUAUGGGUGUACUUCACGGCACCUAUCCUUGGGGCCCUUACUGGGGCCGGUGCCUACUCUGCUGUCAAGCUCCCAAAGGACGACGGCACCCCAACAGCGCAAAUUAGCUUCAGAAGGUGACGACUGACGACCCCGCAUAAUUGAUUGUUCUUGUCCAAAAAGAAGAUGACACCGGCUUUGUCAGAUAAACUGCAUCUUAGUUAACUGUAUAUGCCCUCACGUUUGUAUCAAAGUAAUCGUGCUUGAUGCAGCAUGGUGGUUGCGUGGGGACUUUAAGGUCCAUACAUCUGUACGUAGUUUAUGAAAAGCAAAAAAGUAAUUAAAAAGGUUCACGCAUUAGAGGGUCCCAUGCAGUAUAAGCACAACAAGAAAUUUCCUGAGAGAAGAUAAGAAUGCUGGUAUAUGCUUUGGUUUGGGAGUGGAAGCUACGUACUUUUUGCUUUGAUCUGUAAAUAAAUUGUUAGAAAAGGUUGUGAGUGCGGCUUGGGUUGAGACGGAGUGGGCAUCCCUUAAGCUUGAAGCACUAGUUUCCAUAUUCUUUAGUACUGUUCUCCUUUGUUCUCGGUGGGUUCAAACGAAGGCUUUGAUUAUAUAGAAAGUGUCUGUCGUAGUAAUGGAUGCC